UUCUCCUUCGUCUGUUCUCUGAAAGGAGCAAAUAAAUCCAUUGUUGGGCAAAAUCAUUUUACCAAAAUUCAUUAGUGAAAAGUAUUAAGAAAUACUGGAAAAUGUUGAAUUCAAUUGAAGUAAAUGAACAAGAACUUCCAGCAUCAGCGAAAAUCUCAACUUUGAAUUGUAUCGAUCUCUCGAACCCUGAUAUUCAAUCCUCUGUUUCCCUUCUCAAACAGGCUUGCUUAGACUCGGGGUUCUUCUAUUUAAUCAAUCAUGGAAUUAACGAGGAAUUUAUGGAUGAAGUUUUUGCCCAAAGCAAAAGACUUUUUGAUCUACCAAUGGAAGAAAAGAUGAAGCUUCUAAAGAAUGAAAAGCAUCGAGGCUAUACUCCUGUUCUAGAUGAACACUUGGAUCCUGUCAAUCAGAUACAUGGGGACUAUAAAGAGGGAUAUUACAUCGGUAUUGAAGUAUCAGAUGAUGACCCUGACGCAAAUAAGCCAUUUUAUGGGCCAAAUGUAUGGCCUUCUUCAGAUAUCUUACCUGCAUGGAGGGAAACUAUGGAGAGAUAUCACCAGGAGGCAUUAGAUGUAGCAAGAGCAGUUGCAAGGCUCAUAGCCCUUGCACUUGAUCUAAAUGGUGACUUUUUUGAUCAACCAGAAAUGCUCGGAAAACCUCUUGCAAUUCUGCGGCUACUGCACUAUGAAGGUCGUACUUCGGAGCCUGCAAAGGGAAUAUUCGGAGCAGGCGCUCAUUCUGAUUUCGGUUUGAUUACCCUUUUGGCAACAGAUAGUAUCUUAGGUCUUCAGAUAUGUAAAGAUAAGGAUGCCGAGCCUAAAGUCUGGGAAUACGUACCACCAUUAAAAGGGGUAUUUAUAGUGAAUCUUGGGGACAUGCUGGAGCGUUGGAGCAAUGGUAUUUUCAGAUCUACACUGCAUCGUGUCUUGUGUCGUGGCCAAGAUAGAUAUUCUAUUGUUUAUUUUGUGGAACCUAAUCAUGAUUGCAUUGUUGAAUGCUUUCCAACAUGCCAAUCAACGGAAAAUCCUCCCAAGUUCCCUCCAAUAAAAUGCGAGAGUUACAUGCUACAGCGGUACAAGGAUACUCAUGCUGACCGUAACACAUACAAAUGAGACUCGCAUGUUUCCUAUCGUCUCAAUGCGCAAGGACGUUUAUGCGAAGAUGAAUGUAAAUACUCCUGUGCUAGUGUUGUAUAAUUGAAACCAUGUAGUUUGCUUUGUAAUUACUCAUUGUUAGCAUGUUUCUUGGUAUCAGAUUGUUUCUUAUGUACAUAAAAAAGAAAAUCAAAAAGUUUUGGAGUCUGCACAAUCAAUCCUGAAAGACAAAGGAUGUUUAUGUAAUCCAUUAAGUUUCAUAGGGCAUGUUAAGCAAUACUAAAUAAAGCUUGACACUGUAAUGAAUAAAAUUUUAAUUUAUUUUUCUUUC